UCACUCUCUAACCAAACACCAUCUUACUUCUUCAAUGGACCUAGGGGCAAAACUGUAAAUCUGCGGAGUUGAGGGGACUCGAGGGUUCCCCGCACCCCUCUCGCUCGCUCGCUCUUGCCGUCACAAUUUUGUUCCGUCUCAUCGUCGGCGACCUCGUCGCCGGCGACGGUACGCAACAAACCAGACCUUCCCCACCGCGGUAUCCUCUGGAGUGGGGAACGAUCCGGACUCGGAUAGACUGCUUGCUUAAGCAGUUAAGCGGACUGCUGCUGAUUUAUGUGCUGCGUGGUUCCCUACAAAUCCAAUCCACCCACCCAUAGUUCAAUUUGACUCGUCUUCAGCAAGCGAGAUCAAUCCAGCCGAGGUGCGGGCGCAGUUUAUUUUCCAAAAAUCUGAGGGGUUCACUGACUGAUUGAACCCCCAUGGCCGACGUUGAGUCCGCCCCUGGCGGCGGCGGGAAGCCUCCGCCGUACAAGGACCCCGACGACGGGAGGCAGCGGUUCCUUCUCGAACUGGAGUUCGUGCAGUGCCUCGCCAACCCUACCUACAUCCACUAUCUAGCGCAGAAUAGAUAUUUUGAGGAUGAUGCGUUUAUCGGGUACCUCAAGUACCUUAAAUAUUGGCAGCGUCCGGAGUAUAUCAAAUACAUAAUGUAUCCACACUGCCUUUUCUUUCUUGAGCUCCUCCAAAAUGCGAAUUUCCGGGGUGCAAUGGCACAUCCAACAAGCAAGGAGCUUGCUCAUAGGCAGCAAUAUUUCUUUUGGAAGAACUAUAGGAAUAAUAGAUUGAAGCACAUCCUACCACGCCCUCCUCCCGAACCUACUCUUGUGCCUGCACCUGCACAAGCACCCACAAUGGUGCCCCUACCACCACCAGUGCCAACAACUGCGGUUCCACCUGUUCCAGCACCGUCAUCAUCUUUGCCAUCUGUGGCAGCAGCUGGUGCAUCUGCAAUGUCUCCUAUGCAGUUUGUAGGAACUCCUGGCAUCAAUAUCCCGAAGAAUGACAUGAGAAAUCCUAUGGGUAGCAGAAAGAGAAAGAAAGAUGGUUGAGGCUCUCAACAUGCUUUGCAGGAGAGCCGCAUCCUCUUCUAUGGAUGGGCUAGUGGAACAUGAUGAGCAACUCAACAGCAAACAACAUUGGAUGCAAGAGCACAGCAACCGAUCCUGGAGCCUUGCGUUUUUGUCCUCCGUUGUCAGGACUUGUAGCUGAGGCCUGAGGGCAACUUAAAACAAAUACUGUUUUGCAACAGCUGCAGAUGCAGAUGUAACUUUAGAUGUCGUUAUGCUCCUGAUUGAUUAAAUAUUUUGUCUUGUCCUUGUCGUA